CAAAAACAGACUUCCCCGCAACUGCUUGAUAACUCAAUUUGUAUUGCCAAAGAUAAUAAGAGGGGGAAGUUCCGUCGCAGCCGCGGAUUCCACGAGUCCAUUCCCCGCCCAUCGCGAUUUUCCUCUACCCAUCUUGUACCUGCUUCGUAACAUCUUAAAUUUUCACAAUGGGCAAGAAGCGCGUACUCAUUUCCUACGGUGUGGAUGUCGAUGCAGUUGCGGGAUGGCUGGGUUCAUAUGGCGGCGAAGACAGCACCAGUGACAUCAGCAGAGGAAUAUUCGCUGGUACAAUUGGGACGCAGCGUCUUUUGAAGCUGUUCAAGAAAUACGACAUGAAGACUACAUGGUUCAUUCCUGGCCACAGUCUUGAGACAUUCCCAGAGGAUAUGGCCGCAGUACGAGAUGCUGGUCACGAAAUUGGGUUGCAUGGCUACAGUCACGAGAACCCUGUUGACAUGACAAUUGAUCAACAGCGAGACAUCUUGGAUAAGACGUAUCGCAUGCUGACAGACUUUGCUGGGAAGCCGCCGAGAGGCAGCGUUGCCCCAUGGUGGGAGACCAGCCGCGAGGGUGCAGAAUUGCUACUCUCGUAUGGUAUUGAGUAUGAUCACAGCAUGAGCCAUCACGAUUGCCAGGCCUACUAUCUGAGAACGGAUGACUCCUGGACCAAGAUCGACUACAGCAAGAAAGCAAAAGAGUGGAUGAAGCCAUUGGUCAAGGGUCAAGAUACGGGCCUAGUCGAAAUUCCGGCAAACUGGUACCUGGACGAUCUGCCACCUCAUAUGUUCAUCAAAGGCGCACCGAACAGUCAUGGAUUUGUCAACGCACGGGAUACUGAGGACUUAUGGCGCGAUCAUUUCGAUUACUUCUACAGAGAACAUGACGAGUUCAUCUUUCCCAUCACUAUCCACCCAGACGUUUCUGGCAGACCGCAUCUUUUGCUGAUGCACGAGAGAUUGAUCGAGCAUUUUAAGAAGCAUGAGGGUGUCGAGUUCGUCACGAUGGAACAGAUUGCGGAUGAGUUCAAGAAGAAGAACUCGCCACCUGAAGGAGCCUUGAUGCCAGCAGAAGCCGGCUUGAAACUGAAAGAAGCCCCAUUGUAGAUGACAUAAAUAGCAUCCACUUUGAACCACAUCUCGUGUGCUAAAUUAUGGUAGCAUAUUACAGGAG